GUCUAGAAGCGCAACGAACGAUUACGCAACUUUCUUGCCGAGCACGUCAACGCCGCUUGCAGGGUCCCGCAGCAACACCGCGUAAUCAUGGUAGGGAUAACAUAGCACGGAAGACCUCUAAAAUCAACACUCUUGAUGGGCUUCGGGCCUCGUAGUCGUUAGUCGGCGUUAUUGCCAGCUUAUUGGCCAGUAUGGAUAGCUAUGAGCUGAAACAUCGCGGUACAUAAGAAGCUUGUUUUGACAUGAAAAUGAAAAUGAAACUUCGUCGUCGUCUAUUUCACUGUUGCCCCGAUUGAGCUAUACUAUUUUCGGCUUCAUUAUGGCGCUUAAGAAAUCUUUUGAGCCGGCCGUCGAGGCUCACCCUAGCGAUGAAGAAGCUGCCCCUGUCAAUGUCGAUGAUUCUACCGCCGCGGACUGGACUGAGGCAGAGGAGCUUGCUGUGAAGCGGAAACUCGACUUCAUUCUACUGCCUAUCCUGGGUCUUGCAUUCUUUGCGCUCCAAAUGGACCGAGGAAACAUCUCAAACGCCCUAACAAGCACCAUUACCCAAGACCUCGGCAUCGAUACGAAUCAGAUCAAUGUUGGAAGUAGUAUUCUGUCAGCAGGCAUCGUCUUGUUGGAAAUUCCCUCCAACAUCCUGUUGCAGCGCAUUGGGCCCCGGAAGUGGCUGUCCAUUCAGAUUGUAGCUUGGGGACUGGUCGCUACCUUCCAGAACUUCAUCAAGAACUACGGUGGUUAUCUCGCUACGCGUCUGCUGUUAGGCUUAUGUGAAGCGGGCUUCAUCCCUGGUGCGCUAUAUACAAUGUCGACUUGGUACAAGAAAUCGGAGACCAGUCUACGAGUCUCGAUCUUCUUUCUCGGGAAUCUUAUCGCUUCGGCCACCACUUCGCUAAUCGGCGCGGGUAUUCUUAGCAUGGGGGAUCGAUACGGUAUAGCGGGUUGGAGAUGGCUCUUUAUAGUUGAGGGAUCCAUCACAAUAGGAAUCGGCAUCAUCUUCAUUCUCUUCCUCCCACCAUCAGUUGGCAACGGGUCCCCACUCAUUAGCUUCGGUCGGUGGUCGUACUUCAACAGGCGAGAGUCGUACAUACUGGUGCGCCGCGUACUACUCGAUGAUCCAGCUAAGACUACGAACCAUCUACGCAUCUCGGGUAACGAUAUAUGGACGACGGUUAAGAACCCUAGGAUCUUAUUUCAUAUCGUUAUCACGACUACUUCUACAAUACCUGUGAAUGCGAUAAACACCUACGGUCCGAGCGUGAUUAAGAGCCUGGGCUAUGGUACCGUAAGGGCCAACGCGAUGGCUAGCGUUGGCUCUUUCAUCGCCGCAAUCAUGACGGUAUUUCUAGGUUGGGUGUGCGACACGACUAAGAGAAGAGGACCGGCAUUGCUAGUCGGCGCGAUUUGGAGCUUAAUCGCGUUUUCUUGCUUAAGAGAAGCAUGGAAGUGGAGUGCCGGGAGGGAGUACGCAGCUGUCGUAUUCUCGAUGGCCAUGAACUCCACAAUUCACAUUCUCAAUGUCGGUUGGUUAUCGGUGAACUGUCAACGGCCACAAGAACGAAGUGUUGCCAUGGCAAUGAUUAUAAUGGGUGCGAAUGCCGGCGGCAUCGCGGGAAGUCAGGUAUUCCGGACUCAAGACGCCCCUCUUUAUCAGAAUGCCUUCACUGCCUGUCUGGUACUCUCUGCUGUAGUCACGGUAGAAAUCAUAGGGCAAAGUGUAUGGUACUUCGUCAGCAACAAAAAGUUAGAGCAGCAGGGAGAUACUCCUGUCAUAACUGGAAAGACGGAUGAAACGCCUGAUGGACAGAGAGUUGAGUUAGUUAGGAAAUGGACGUGGACGUGGUAGGCAGUGCUUUGAUGAGGGUCGGGUGUUGAAUACACGAAAAGGAAUGUUCUUAGCUCUAUCCCUAUUAGCUACCUACCUAUCUAGUUGGUACACGUAGGUAGUUUCAGUAGAAGACUAUGUAGCUCAUUAUAUUUUCAACGAAUGCUCUUUAACUUUGAUACUUCGUACUUAAGCCUACAUCGCGG